UACACUUUCAACUCUCAUUCUCUUCUUCAAUGGCAAUUCUCUCUGCAAUAUGGCGAUUUGACCGUUACAGAAGCACCGGAAUAAGGCCAUGAAGAUGGAUCUUCAACGUCCAGAUUCUCAAUUUCCCUAUUCCUUUCUCAAUUCAGGUUUGCGGAGGCGGACCAAUAUGCGUGGGAUCUUCUAUAGAUUCUUAUCGUCCUCCUCUUCAAGCUCCAGACCUUCAGCAGCCAGAAGCCUUCUAAUGACUCUUUUCUUUUCUUCCUCUGCUUUUCGCCGCAUUAUGUCUCUUUUCCUUAAGACAAGUGUAUGUCGCUUUAACGUAUUAUUAAAAUUCUCCACAGAAGCCUUUCUCUCAUUAGCAAUGAUUCGUCUUUCUUCUAAAAAAAGAUCAGUGGGAUACGGUCGGCAUGAAAGUGAUAAUUGCAUAACUUUGCAAGGACAACCCAUAUGCGUCAACUUAACAAGAUUUUUCAAUCAGUGUAUCCCUUUCUGUGGCUUCAAUCUGCAUUCUGAUUAUUCACUAAAUGAAAAUGUGUUGUAGAACUGCUAUAUUUAUACCUUUUCUUUAUUAAGUAUUCACCAAACCUAAUUGUUUUAUCCCUCUUUU